AUGUGUAAACUAAAGAAGCGCCUAAUCACGGGAGAACGUCAUUUAUGUAUUGCCACGUCAUGGAUUACUGUAGGAUUCGCCAUCGCAAUGAUUGCUCAAGCUCACUUUGCAUGGUUUCGAGGGGAUCACGAGUGGGCUCAAGUCUUUUAUAUUGUUCAAUGCGUUUCGUUUGAUAUUUUGAAUUUUGGAUCUCCAAUUAUUAUGAUAACACUGAGCAGAGAGCUCCGUCAUCACGUGUUCUCUAUUACUCCUCCAGUCAGAACUCUUACUCCAAAAGUCUCCACCUCCAACAAUAUCAUCAGUUUAACAUAA